AUGAAAAACGAGGAUGAAGAGUGCUUCAAAUGGUGUGUCACGAGAGCGUUGAAUCCUGUUGCAAAAAAUCCAGAGCGUAUCACAAAGAUUUUGAGAGAGCAGGCAGAGAAAUUAAAAUGGGAUGGGAUUAGGUUCCCGAUGGAGGUAAAGGAUAUUCACCGCUUUGAAAAGUUGAAUCCGGAGAUAAGAGUCAACGUUUACAUGUAUAACAAUAGACUCAACCCCUUGAGAGUGAGCAGCAUUACUCAUGCUGUAAAUGUAGUUGAUCUUCUUCUCAUUACUGAAGGUGACAAAAAGCAUUAUUGCCUCAUCAAGAAUUUGAGUCGGCUCGUAUCGAGUAGCCUAUCGAAAAAUGAGCAUAAGAAGUUUAUAUGUAGGAGGUGUCUUAAUUAUUUCGGUUCUCAGCGAGUUCUUGACACACACAGCGAGUUGUGCCAAAAUCAUGAGGCUGUGAGAGAAAAGAUGCCACCUUCUGGGGCUUAUCUCUCUUUUAAAAAUCACCAAAAGCAGAUGACCAUGCCAUUCGUCAUCUAUGCAGACUUUGAGUCGUUAAUCAAACCUUUAGACACCGUACAAGCAGAUCCGGCAGGGUGUUACACUGAGAGAAAGCAACAACAUAUUCCAAUAAGUUUUUGUUAUUAUGUUAAGUGUUCAUUUGAUGAUAGAUACUCAAAACGGGUUGAGUAUACAACCAAGUCUGAAGAUGAAGAUGUGGCACAGAAAUUCGUUGAAAUGCUUGAAGCAGAGGUUAAGGACAUAUACAAAAAUCAUCCUCCUAAAAAGAUGAUCUUCACAGACAGUGAUGUUGAAAUCUUUGAAAAUGCAACGUGUUGUUGGUUGUGUAGAGAAGAUUUCAAAGAGGGGGAAGACAAAGUGCGCGAUCACUGUCAUUACACCGGUAAAUUUCGAGGGGCUGCGCAUAACAGCUGCAACCUAAAAUUCCGACGACCAAAAUUCACACCUGUCGUCUUUCACAACUUGACAAACUAUGACGCUCAUCUCUUCGUUAGAAAUCUCAGUGUUUCAGAAGGAGACAUUGACUGCAUACCAAACAACGAAGAAAAAUACAUUAGCUUUACGAAACACGUUGUGGUUGACAAGUUUUUCAACAAAGGAAAAGAAAAAGACGUCGAGGUAAAGAGAGAGCUGAGAUUCAUUGACAGCUUCAAAUUUAUGGCUUCCAGUCUUGACAAGCUUGUUAACAACCUUGCCAAAAAGGGUGAGUCUUUCUUCCAAAAUACAAGAAAAUAUUAUUCUGGAGAGAAGCUUAAUCUGCUGAUGAGAAAGGGUGUUUAUCCCUAUGAAUGGGUGAACUCUAUACGAAAACUUGAUGAGACACAAUUUCCGCCGAAAGAAGCUUUCUUCUCCGUAUUAAGUGGUAAAGGUAUCUUGGAUAAAGACUAUACCCAUGCUCAAAAUGUAUGGAGCGUCUUUCGUUGUAAGACAUUCAGAGAUUACCACAAUCUCUACAAUCGAAGCGACGUGCUUUUACUAGCCGAUGUGUUUGAAAACUUUCGCGAGCUUUGCAAAGAGAAUUACGAUCUCGAUCCUUGUUGGUACUUCACCGCGCCGGGUUUGGCUUGGGAUGCCUGCCUCAAGUUGACUGAGAUAGAACUUGAGUUGUUGAGCGAUAUAAAUAUGUUACACAUGUUUGAGGCCGGUAUUCGUGGUGGGAUUUCAAUGAUCUCGACAAGACAUGCAAAAGCCAACAACAAAUACAUGGGAGAAAGCUUUAACCCUACCCAACCUUCAAAGUUCAUCACGUAUCUCGAUGCAAACAACCUUUACGGUUGGGCGAUGAGUAAAAAUCUUCCAACGGGAGGUUUUGAAUGGGUAAACGAGAAAGAUUUUGACAAAUGGGAGAGCUUCGCUUGCAUUCUUGAAGUCGACCUGAAAGGUGUCACUUCUGAGCUUCACGAUCACUUCAACGAGUAUCCACCCGCCCCUGAAAAUCUAUUGAUUGGUAAAGUAAAGAAAUUGGUCUGUACGUUAAACGAAAAGAAAAAGUACAUCGUUCAUCAUGAGACACUAAAACAUUACAUGAGUCUUGGAAUAGAGAUAGGAAAGAUUCACCGCAUCAUUAGGUUUGAAGAGAGACCUUGGAUGAAAAAGUACAUCGAUUUGAAGACAUCUUUGAGAGCAAAGGCUAACAACGACUUUGAAAAGGACUUCUACAAGCUGAUGAACAACGCUGUCUUUGGCAAAACGAUGGAAAACAUUCGAAAACGCGUCGACGUGAGACUUGUCAACUCAGAGGAAAAGGCAAGAAAGUUGGCAAACAAGGUCAACUUCAAACAUUGCACCAUCUUCUCUGAAGAUCUAUGUGCAAUGCACAUGGGGAAGACGCAGAUUUACUUCAAUAAACCUCUCUAUCUCGGGAUGAGCAUCCUUGAUAUUAGUAAGACAUUGAUGUACGACUUUCAAUACAACUACAUCAAACCUAAGUACCCAAAUGACAAAUCAAAGCUUCUUUUUACAGACACUGAUAGUCUUUGUUAUGAGAUUCACACAUCAGAUUUUUACAAAGAUAUAACUGACGAUGUAGACCGUUGGUUUGACACGAGCAACAUUUCGAAAGAGCAUCCUUCCGGGGUGCCAACCGGUGUGAACAAGAAAGUGAUUGGAAUGUUUAAAGAUGAGGCAGGUGGAAAGAUCAUUGAAGAGUUUGUUGGCUUGAGGGCUAAGCUGUACAGCUACAAGAUGUUUGAUGAUGGUACAGAAAAGAAGAAGUGUAAGGGGGUGAAGGGGGGUGUGGUAGAUCGCACGAUCAACUUAGAUGACUACAAGAGAUGUUUGUUUGGUGGUGGAAAACAACUUCGAACAAUGAACACGCUUCGGAGCCGAAAGCACGAGAUGUAUAUGGAAGAGAUCAAUAAAGUCGCUCUAUCCGCUGAUGAUGACAAGCGAAUCAUUUUACCAGAUAAAAUACACACACACGCGAUAGGACAUUUUAUCAGCUGA